AUGGCUGCAAAUUAUGAUGCAUUGAAUAGUCAGCCUAGAAUUUCCCCGUACGGGUCUGGAGAUCCCUACUACAACGAGUCGUCAGGUUACAUUACACCCCAUAGCCCGCCCAAGAAGGCCGUUAGUAAAUGGGUGAAGUUCGGCAUACCCGUCGCCAUUGUCAUCAUCGCUGGCGCAGUUUUGGGUGGUGUUCUGGGCAGUCGCUCAAGCAAGAACUCUUCGACGCAGGGCUCUGCGGCUGCGGCUGCCACUUCAGCCAUCAGUGCGAAAAAUAAUCUCGGUCGUUUCGCCACCGCAACAGACAGCCAAUACUUGGUGCCUAUCUACCCAAUGACCACCAAUACCGCCGCCUUUACUACUCCUACAUUCGUUUCCACCACCGACGCUAAUCUUGCCUGGCCGCAAGAUCCUUUCCAACCAUCCAACCCCAGCCCCACGCAAGUUCGCUCUGACAGGCCUCGCCUCAUCGCUCCUACUUACAUGUGGGAGACCCUUCCCAACCUCAUCAAAAAUGAUCCCUAUCUUUCUGGUUGGAACGACACUAUUUUCGGAAAUGCUUCACAAUACAUGGCCCUGCCUCCUGUCGUUUAUUAUUUGGAUGGCGGUAAUGGUAUUUUGGAUCCUGCUCGUGAGAUCAAGCAACGUGUCAAGGCAUUUUCUUACGCAUACCGCAUGACCAAUGACACGAAGUGGCUGGAUCGCACCUAUACCGAGUUGCAGAACGCCGCUGGCAACCUGACUGGCGGUUGGGGCCCUGCUAACAACACGAAAUGGAACCCAACUCACUUCCUUGACACUGCUGAGCUCACUGCAGCCUAUGCUAUCGCUUACGACUGGCUGUACAGUGGGUGGACGGCUGAUCAGAGGGCCUCGAUCAUGGCCACUAUGAUUGAGUACGGCCUUAGUAACGGGAUUACCGCCUACAGUGACACCAACGACCCGCUGGCCUUUGGCUGGUGGAGAAAUAACACAGAGGGCAACUGGAACUGUGUUUGUAACAACGGCCUUACCAUGGGUGCACUUGCUAUCCUCGGCGAUGACACCACCGGUAUCGCUGAACAAAUUCUUUCCAUGACCAUUCCCAAUGCCCUCCAGAACUCGACGGCUACAUGGUCUGAGACAGCCAACUACUGGUACUUCGGUACUACCGGCCACGCCGAGAUGGCAUCUUCGCUGUUAACCGCCACUGGUUCCACAUACGACCUUUUGUCCGUCAAUCCAGACUUCCAAUAUACCGGUCUAUACCACAUGUAUGUGUUUGGCCCCGGCUCCCUCUUCGGCUACGGUGAUUGUGGUCCAAACAAAUAUUCCACCACUGCCAACGCCAUGAUGUUCUACGGCCAGCAGUACAACAUGCCGCAGUACCAACUUUUCCAGCGUGAUCAGUUUGAUGCUGCUGAGCCAUGGAGCAUGUUCUGGUACAACCCUGCUGUUACGGGUGCUUUCUGGGAUGGUCUAGCACUCGACCACUUCUUCGAUAACAGCACUGAUCAAUGGGGCUCCAUGCGAUCCAGCUGGACAGACGAGAACGCUCUCUACGUCGCCGUUAAAGCGGGCACGCUGCAGGGUCACCAGACGCACAACGACCUUGAUUGCGGCGACUUCGUCGUUGAUGCUCUCGGCUACUACAACUCAAUAGGCUACUUCAGCAGUGAUGCACAAGACAGUCAGCGAUGGUUAUACUACCGCAAAAUGACGGAGGGUCAGAACACCAUUUUGGUCAACCAGCAGAACCAAAAUGUCCUCGCUGCUCCAACCGUCAGCCAUGACACCUCGGGUACAGUCCAGGGGUCCAGUACUGUGAUGAAUGUUCCCGGUGACUCAAGCGCCUACUUCGUUGCGGACCUGACGAGUGCAUAUUUCAACGUUACCUCGUUCUCCCGCGGAGUUCACUUGAUCAACGGACGCAAGCAGGUGCUCAUUCAGGAUGAGAUCAAUGCUCAACAAUCCAUCAUGUGGCGAGCACACACCAACGCAACCGUUUCCAUAAGUGCAGAUAGCUUGACAGCUACACUCACCAUUGGUUCGGCGACGACCAUUGUUCAACUGCUGAAUCCUCCAUCUGGCGCUCAGUUCAGCACCUUGACUGCUACUCGGUUCGCCAAUGAUCCUACUCCCCCACAACCUGAUCAGCCUAAUGAUGGUGUGACUGUCCUAGUGAUCAGUUUGCCUGCUGGUUCGUACACGUUGGAGGUGCUCAUUAACCCGCAAUGGCCAGGAAUGUCUUCCAGUGCAUACACAACCCCCAGCUCUGUGCCUCUGAGCCAAUGGUCACUGACCGGCCCUUCUUAGUUUACAAUUUCUUCAGACUCUUCCUUCGUUGUUAUGCGAUGUCGGACGUUCGCAGACGAGAUUGAUUUUUCUUGAGUUGGAAAUUAUUUCACCCCUUUGGACGUACGCAGCUUCACAAUAUGACACUGAUUAGCCUACGUUCCGCCGUUGUGCUUUCGGAGCACUGAUAAUUUAGAUCGAUAUUCAACGCGUGUUGUAGUUUAUACCAUCUACAAAUGAUGAGCUAUGGCAAAAUGAAACGGCGGCUGACAUAUUUCCGCGUUCGUUGUUGGUCUCCUUGACAGCCCUGAACAGACGCUCAUCUGUUUCUACUACAACACACGCCAACGCCGCGGUUUCGCUCCUUUACGCUAAUACAACGACAUUCUUUUUUCCUUCUGUCUUUUCGACGUGAUUCGGAUAGAUAAUCAGAGAACCGUUACCUCACUGAGUG